CAGCGAGACACAUUUGUGAUUUUUAUCUCCCAACUACUCAGGUCUUCGAUUGAGUGAGCGUUUGAGCCUCUGUUCCACAGUAACAUGGCUGCAAGCACGACCGCGAGGUCUUCCAGUACCAAUGAUGACACGUCCGGGCUAGAAAUGUACGCCGACCUGCAAACAUGGCUGACCCAGCAUGGCGGCCACCUGCACCAGGCUGUGCAAGUCGCCAGAGACAAGCAACGCGGGGUGCACCUGCAAGUCCGCAAGGACUGGUCUGAGGGUCCUGGUCUGACCGUGGACACGCACAUCAUUCAAACGCCCCUAACAACCACCAUCUCGUACUUCAAUGUUAUUGGGUACCGUGCACCGUUACCAGCAGCAGCAGCCACAGCGACAGGGGCAGCUUCAGAGAUCGAGUUCAAGUCCCACGGACUGGAUUUUCCGCGUACCUUCAUUGACGCGGUUGGAUCCAAGGAGGCAACGGUCUUCUUUCUGGUGGGCCAGUAUCUGCGGGGCGCGCAGAGUUUCUGGUACCCGUAUUUGCGGACCUUGCCGCAGCCGGGGACGUUGACGACGCCGCCGAACUACGAGGGGGAGGAUCUGCGGUGGCUGCAGGGGACGAGUCUGUGGGCGGCUACGGAGCAGAGGGUGGAGAAGCUGCGGGGGCAGUAUGAGGUUGCGGUGCGGGCGUUGAGGGAGGCGGGGUUUGAGGGGGUAGAUGGGUAUACUUGGGAUCUCUAUCUGUGGGCUUCAACCAUUUUCUUUUCGCGCGCCUUCUCGGCCAAGGUGUUGUCCGGUGUGAUUCCCAACGAGGAGCUGUCCGAGGAGAAGAUCUCUGUUCUGCUGCCCUUCUUUGAUGUUGCGAAUCAUCGGCCGCUGGCCAAGGUCGAAUGGCGAGCGGAGAAGGACGAGGUGAGGUUUGUGGUUUUGGAGAAUGUGAGAGCUGGAGAGGAGAUUUCCAAUAACUACGGACCUCGUCAUAAUGAGCAGUUGAUGAUGAACUACGGAUUCUGUCUUCCCGACAAUCCUUGUGACUAUCGCGUUGUGAGUCUCCGCGCGCCGCCUGGCAGCCCACUCCAACAGGCCCGCUCCCACCAGCUCCAGAUGUUCCCGGAGUUGGCUGCGGAAACCGAAGACCACUACUAUGUUUUCAAUAUCUUCUAUCCGCUACUGGCCCCAGAUUCUGCGAUGGAGCAUUCCAUCUUCUCGCCGGCUCUGCUGAACGCGGUCUCCGUCCUGGCGGCCAACAAUCGAGAGUUGGAGACACUAGAGAUCACAGACCAAGCCAUCAAGCUUGCCGAUGGCUACGGGAGCUCACGCGCGCUGCUAGCUGCGAUGAGCCAGAUAGUGAUCGAACUCAUCACUCAUGCUGUGAAGCUGAGGACCUCCGGUCAAGAUCUACAGAACCCGAAAAAUCUGAAGCAGAUCCAUGCGAAGAUGUACCGGGACAGCCAGAUCAUGCUGUCCGAAACCGCCCUGGUGAUUGCGGCAUGGACCCUGAAUCGUGCGCGGCAACACGGCUUUACUGGAAGCUGGGAAGAGACCAAGAAAAUCCUUGGGGCUCACAUGGCUCGGAUACCUGCUGGCAAAUUUCCCGAGGGGAUCUUGUCCCGGCUGCAGAUGCGGAUUUUGGAGCGGAAAUCACUGCUAACCCAGAAUGGAGAGCUGUUUACAUUGACCGAAUUGCCAGAUCUCCUGCCAGCAGAGAUGCAGCAACCGAGCCAGGCGUGCAUCCAGGAGGUCCUGAGCACCGCGGAGAACGCCAUCCCCGCGCUCAGGGGCAGCUCUGACACGUCGCCCUUCGCCUAUCCUGUAUUCUUGUGCCUGAUUGCAGUAGCCUAUGCGGGUACGAAGGUGUCAGGAUCUAGCGAAGCCCAGUUGUCACCGCGACUAACGCGAUGGGCGAGCUUCCUGCUCGAGAACUAUCCGCCGCCACCAAAUGAUGUAGCCUGGGCGCUUGAAGAUGAGGAUGACGAGUAUCUUGUCAGCCAAUUCGAUGAGGCUUUGGAAGAUUUGAGAGCAAGGAGCUCUGAUGGGUUCGCCGGAUUGGAGGCGUAUACAGGUGCAUGGCAGAAGGAUGACUGGUGGCUGUCGCCCAAUUGGAUACGCUGGGCGUGGAUGGUUGCGGAGCAAGAGUGCGUGCUCAUGCCUGAGAAUGCAUUGGACCUGCUAGCAAGUGAGGGGCAGGUGAUGCUGUCGACAGAAUCUUACUUGUAUAUACCUCAGAGCCAGUAGAUGAGACGGUAUAAAUACAUACCAUGAUGAAUCGAUGAG